GAGAUACCUCAUUAUAGGUAUCACCAGAAAGUCAUGAGUUUCAUUACAUAAAAAAUUUAAUCUUGGGGGAAGGGAUGGGUAAAGUAAAUUAUGAGCAUAAGUCCUAACUAAAUGAGAAUUUAGAACUUGAAAUUGCCAAAUAUAAAUUUAAAAUGGAGACCCACUGCAAUUUCAAUUAAGUUAUUAGAAAGGGAGAUAGGUUAUAAAAAGUUGAAACUAUUGACUAAAUUGAUUUCUAGAUUAACUACAGAUAUAAAUCAAUCAAAACAUUUAUUAAUGAUAUACUGUUUACAUAUACUGAGGUGGAUACCAAAAGCUGGAGACAUGGAUCCAUGCCCUUAAUAAGGGGAGGAGGAUUAUAAGAAUUUGUAAGGGAAUUACGUACAUAUGAAAUGAUACACAGUUAUCAGACAGCUGGGAAGUGCCAAAUUCUUGGUGUAAGAGAGAAAGAGACUGGGGCAUGGGGGAGGUAAUGGGAAGAUAAUCUUCAUAGAGAUAAUAGAAUUUGACCUUGGCCUUAAAGGAUGGUUAACAUGUAUGGAGGAAAGGAAGUGGGGGAGGUCAUUCAUCCAUCUCUUCAUCAAAUUUAUUUGUAGCCUCUACUAUGUGCUAGACGCUGUUCUAGGAACUGGGCAUACAGUGGAAAAUAAGAAAAGUUUUUGUCCUUAUGGGGCCUUACAUUCUAGUGGGAGAAGAGUGAGGGACAGUAAAUAAGUAAACAUUACAUGGAAAAUCUGAUGACAAAUUUUGAUGUCCAAUGAAGAUAAUAAUGGGCAGGGUCAAGGAAAUUAUAGAGGGCUAGUUACAGUCCCACUUAUUCUGUGAAUAACCUGUUUUGUGUGUGAUAUCCUGAUGAAUGUUGAUGAUACAACUUUUUAGUAUUUAUUUGCAGUCCAAACCAAUUUGUGUAAAAGUCUACACAUUAUCUUUAACCAUUUUUUUUUUUUAAAGAAACCUACGUAAUAUUUUUUUAGAUUGAAGCAUUCAGGCUUUGAGUUUUUAACUCAUUAACAAUUUACCUACGAUUCUUUUGCUACCAUUUGCCAAGAACCUCCUGUUUUUGCAGUGAUGUUAGUAUGAUUGUUUACAGCUUACCUAGGGUAAUGAUGUACAUAUUGGGCUGUAUGCUUAGAUUCUCCGUCAGAAGCAAUAUUCCUGUAGCCAUCGUGCUGUAAAGCGAAGCUAAAUUCCAAGGACAGGUUGUUUUGAUGGUACCUUCUCGAGAACAUAUGAAAACCAAAGAUGUACAGACAGUAGAAGUAAACUGUUCAUCUUAAUGAUCGGAACAAGAUACGAGUUAUCCAUUUUACAGAUGAGGAAGCUAAGACCUUAGACUAAGUAAUUUAUCCAGAUCCCAAAACAUGUAAGAAGUGGUGCUAGCCCUGGAGCCGAGAUCCUCUGAUUCAUUUUCAGAGACAGUGAAGUGGGGGAGGGACAGAGAGAGAAGGAGACACAGAAUCUGAAACAGGCUCCAGGCUCUGAGCUGUCAGCACAGAGCCCGACAAGGGGCUUGCACCCAUGGACUGUGAGAUCAUGACCUGAGCCAAAGUUGGAUGUUCAACUGACCGAGCCACCCAGGCGCCCCUCUCUGUGCACGAUUUCCAAAAGUUCAUGUAUGGAAGAUACAUAGAUUAUAUCACAUUCUAAUUAAAUAUGAGGAAAAAAAUAAAAUUGUAGUGUUUAAUUUAAGUGAAGGAAAAAAGCAGGGUGCAUAAUAAGUGUAUAUACUGCGUAACCGGUUGAACAAAGGGAAGGAAUAUAUAUUUGUGUCUUAUUCUGUAUUCAUUAAAAAAAAAAAAAAUCUUUGGAAGAAAUCAGAAGAAACUAUUGACCAUGGUUUCCAGUAGAGGGCAGGGGGGAGAUCUGGGCAGAUGGACAAGGGUAGGAGAAGGAUUUUCAGUGUAUUUAUGUUUUUCAUGUAUUUGUUGGGGUUUCAGUAUCAUGGCAAUUUUUAGUAGUUUUGUUGAAGUGUAACAAACAUAAAAUAAACUGUACAUAUUCAUAGUAUGUAUACAUUUUAUACCUUUUUUUGAACCUUGUGAAUAUGUUACCUAUUAAAAAUGGAAAGAAAAUAGUUAAAACUUUAAAAAUUAAACGUUUAAAUAAAUCAACAAAUAGCAAAGCUGGCCUGUCCUGGGUUUUGUUAUAUGCACGUGGGCCCUUACAGUUCAAUUCUAAGAAUGUUUAUUCCUUUUAACUUCUUGUAGAAAUUUUGGGUAAGAUUAGCUUGUGGUUUUGCCAACAAUAAAAUAUUCUCUUGUCAUCUUUUAAAUCCUACCUGAUGCAGAAGGUUUCAAAAACAAAACUGUAACAGACGUGUUCCCAAUCUCAAGGUACUGACAUCUUCAGAAUGAACAGUGAAUGCCCAGAAAUUUCUAAAUUAGGGUUGCAGCCUAGGAAAAGGGCCUGGCCAAAAUUCUCUCACUGUAAAUAAACAAGGUUUAAGGCAAUUGUUCCCCCACCUCCCAUGCCCCCUCGGUAGGGCUCUGCCUCUCACAUAAAUCUGUUUGGAACUACAGAAAAUCAGACCUUGGGCAUAAAGGUGUGACAGGAGAGCUACAGCUGGCCUGAGUACAACAUGAAAGGAUGUGACUUCAUCCUCAUUUCACAUUCAGUGCUUUGCUUCAAUUACAUCCUCAUAUUAGGGUCACUUGGCCCAGACCUUUUCUUGGUCAGGGAAAGGGUCUUUCUGCUUCUGGAACUCCUGAUUCUGGUUCUCUAGGUAAGGAUGUGCCCUACUGUUUGCUGUGGUCAAUCUUUGGUUUCAGUGAUUUGGGCUCAGGAGAUUAGGCUGAAGGGAAGCAAAGAUGAGAACUUUCUCAUUCAACUUUUGCAUGUUUGCUGUCUUCUCCCUCCCUUUGUCCCUUGAUCUGCUAACCCAGAUAACUGCUUUGUUCCAUCCGGAUUUUAUCAUUGAGAGGAGCCAAUCAGACUUGGAUAGUCAUUGCCAUGGUUGGAAUCAACUUGCUCUUGUUCUCAGAUUUCCACUUUCUGUGCCACCCGGGCACCUCCGUGGACAAGUCGAGCCAUUCUUUCUCAGUCCAGUUUCAUUAUGGGAGCAGGUGCUUAGGGAAAACAGCGUAACCCAGUAGUAGGAGCCCUGGUUUGGGAAUCAGAUAAUCCGAGUACAGGACCUUACACUGCUGUGAACUAUGUCACCCAGUAGUUAGGAUUUGAUUCAAUGCUGUAUCCUUGGCAGGGGCUUUGCCAAAGUACAUUCAUUGAUUGACUGGGACAGAUUCUCUGCUCUGGUUUCUUCAGUUGAAGAUAGAGAUGAUUUUUAUACCUCAUUGCCAGUAAGCUAUACUAAAAAUAAAUACAUUAAAAUAAGACAAAAGAUGGACGAAUAAUGUAUUCUAUAUGGAGCUGAUUUGUAAGGUGCGGGGGCAGAAAUGGUUUCUCAGGAGACUUCUAACCCCCUGUGUGUCUGGCUCUGAGGGAAAGAGUGCAGCUUGGUUGAAGCUCAGCCAUAUAGGAGGGUGGAGUUGCUUCUGUGUUUAUCGGUUAAAUGACAUCUUUGAGAUUCCAGGUGCAAGGCAGCUCUGUCCACCGUUGGCAUCUUUAAGGUAUUUUUCCUCCUUUCUCUUUAUGAUGAGUAGUUGCUUUUUUUUUUUUUUUUUUUUAAUUUCUUAGAGUGUAAGCAGGGGAGAGAGGGAGAGAGAGAAGGAGAAUCCCAAGCAGACUCCACACUCAACCCAGAGCCCAGCAUGGGGCUUGAGCCCACGACCUUGGGAUCAUGACCUGAGCUGAAUUCAAGAGUUCUAUGCUCAACCAGCUGAGCCACCCAGGUGCCUGGGUAAUUGCAUGUUUACUUACUGUAAAUAACUUUGAUAAUUUUAUCCUCCAAACAGACUUUGUGAAGAGAUAAGGCCUAUGUUACAUCUACAUUUCAUAGAUGAGGAAACUGGUUCAGAGAAGUUAUAUAAUUUUCCAAAGUUAAGUAACAAGUAAAUGGCAUGGCCGCUUCUCUUUGUAUUCUCCAUGCUUCAGUUUCUAAUCUGUAAGUCUGAAAUUAGGAAUAGGACCCAGUGAUGUUUGAGGGUUUUACCAUCCUGAUCAGAACUCAGUUAAUCAAAUACUUAUUCAGUGUCUUAAAUCAUUUGUGGAGGAUUUUACUUUCUUAUAACAGUGUGAAUUGAGUAUCUUAUGUACAAAGCACUAUGGAGGCAGGACAUGUAAUACAAAGCCUUUGCCAUCAAAUAGUUUACCCUGCAGAAGGUGAACGCCAGCAGUGGAUAUCUGGUGUUAUGUAGUGUAGAGGAUUUCCAGUGAGCAGAGAUGGACCAGGGAGCUAGGAGUCUGAGAAUAUUGGUCAGGGCCAAGCUGUGGGCACAAAAGUCCCAACUAGUAUCAGUUAGGAAGUGGCCAAUUAGGGCACUUGGGUGGCUCGGUCGGUUGAACGUCCAAAUCUUGAUUUUGGCUCAGGUUGUCAUCUCAGGGUCAGGGGAUGAAGCCCUGCGUCAGACUCUGUGCUGAGCGUGGAGCCUGCUUAAGAUUCUCUCUCUCCCCCUCUGUGCUCUUCCGUGCUUGUGUUCUCUCUCUCAAAUACAAAUAAAAUUAUAUAUAUACAUAUAUAUGUAUGUGUUACAUAUAUAUAUGUAUACAUAUAUAUAUGUAUAUACGUAUGUAUACGUAAAUAUAAAGGAAGUGGUCGAUUAUAGGAGUUUGGCAAGAAUAGGGACGCCCUGGUUCUAGUAGUCAGGGUUCUGUAUGUCUGCUGUAUGGUUGCUGACCUAGAGUCCCAGGUUGGGAUGUGAGAUUUUCUAAGGCUGGGAGUCAGUGAUUCUCUUAAGAAUGAGCCACCAGAAGAUGAGGGGUAAGUCUGUGAAGGAUCAGAGAACUGAGGGAUGGAGCAACCAGGGCCAAAAUAGCUGUGGGACUAUCUCAGUUGGAGCUGGGUACAUCACAGUCCCCCAGCAAUUAGCUCAGCAGUUGGUAUGACAAGAAUAUCAGCCAUUCUUGUCCCUUCUUUUCCUUAAAAGGCAGCUGAAAUUUAUGAAAGGUUUUCCCAGGGCAAUUCAAAGGGGCUGCUGUUGUGCCCUGGUGUGUGUGUGUGUGUGUGUGUGCGCGCGCGUUCACAUGUGUACACACACUCCUACCGUCACAGAGGUUCUCAAGCCUUCAGAAAAGACUGUCCUGAUAGUAUGGGCUUGCUCACCUGGUCGUAGGCUGUUCUUUGUGCUCUUUUCAGGAAAUAAGCAAAUAAAACCCAUUUGGAAAAAAUACUACUUCAAGCAUCUUUUUAUAGCUCUUUCAAUCUCAUGCUACAGGCGUGUAGUUCUGGGCCUCAGGUCAUUAUAAUUCAUGACUGUGUCUUCUUUUAUCUUCUUUGGGUUUUUAUAUUUUGAUGUAAAAGUGAAUUACCAUCAGUGGGAUUUUCCGGAGCCAUUCCUGUUUGUCCUUUUUGUUUGUUCAAAUGAAACAGUGCAUCAAGUAUGGAAUUAGAUUAAUGGAGUAAAUAUUAUGAAUCAUACGCUCUCUCUAAUCUGAUGCUCUUUCUUUUUUUUGACCCCAUGUUUUGUUUUCUGUCUCUGUCUUCGUGUAGGAUUUUCAGUCCAGCGUAAAGCUGUUGGAGCGAGGAGCAAAGGUAAAGAAUGAUGUAAUGCGCUGGCUGCCCCAAAGCAUCUUUUGUUGUGGAAUGGUUAUUCCAGUCAUCUCUUUAUGAAUCAAAUGUGAGGGGCUGCUUUGUGGAAGGAGUCCUUUGCAAGAGCACAUCAACGGGGAAAGAGAAAGGGACAUUCACUUGGAGGGCUCUUGCUGAAAAUGGGUUUAACUCUCCUUUUGCCAGUCACCACCAGCCUGACCUCAUACAUUUUUAGUACAAUGGAGUGGCUGAGCCUUUGAGCACACCACCAUUACAUCAUCGUGGCAAAUUAAAGAAGGAGGUGGGAAAAGAAGACUUAUUGUUGUCAUGGCCCAUGAGAUGAUUGGAACUCAAAUUGUUACUGAGAGGUUGGUGGCUCUGCUGGAAAGUGGAACGGAAAAAGUGCUGCUAAUUGAUAGCCGGCCAUUUGUGGAAUACAAUACAUCCCACAUUUUGGAAGCCAUUAAUAUCAACUGCUCCAAGCUUAUGAAGCGAAGGUUGCAACAGGACAAAGUGUUAAUUACAGAGCUCAUCCAGCAUUCAGCAAAACAUAAGGUUGAUAUUGAUUGCAGUCAGAAGGUUGUGGUUUAUGAUCAAAGCUCCCAAGAUGUUGCCUCUCUGUCUUCAGACUGUUUUCUCACUGUACUUCUGGGUAAACUGGAGAAGAGCUUCAGCUCCGUCCACCUGCUCGCAGGUGGGUUUGCGGAGUUCUCCCGUUGUUUCCCUGGCCUCUGUGAAGGAAAAUCUGCUGUAGUCCCUACCUGCAUUUCUCAGCCUUGCCUUCCUGUUGCCAACAUUGGGCCAACCCGAAUUCUUCCCAAUCUUUAUCUUGGCUGCCAGCGAGAUGUCCUCAACAAGGAGCUGAUGCAACAGAAUGGGAUUGGUUAUGUGUUAAAUGCCAGCAAUACCUGUCCUAAGCCCGACUUUAUCCCCGAGUCUCAUUUCCUGCGCGUGCCUGUGAAUGAUAGUUUCUGUGAGAAAAUUUUGCCGUGGUUGGACAAAUCAGUCGAUUUCAUCGAGAAAGCAAAAGCCUGCAACGGAUGUGUCCUGGUACACUGCUUAGCUGGCGUCUCUCGCUCAGCCACCAUCGCCAUCGCCUACAUCAUGAAGAGGAUGAACAUGUCCUUAGACGAAGCUUACAGAUUUGUGAAAGAAAAAAGACCUACCAUAUCUCCAAACUUCAAUUUUCUGGGCCAACUCCUGGACUACGAGAAGAAGAUUAAGAACCAGACCGGCACAUCAGGGCCAAAGAGCAAACUCAAGCUGCUGCACCUGGAGAAGCCAAAUGAACCUGUGCCCGCGGUCUCCGAGGGCGGACAGAAGAGUGAGAUGUGCCUCGGUCCACCCUGUGCCAACUCCGCUACCUCAGAGGCGGCAGGGCAAAGGCCCGCGCACCCUGCCGGCGCGCCCGGCUCGCAGCCGCCGCUGCCGGAGGACGGCCCGCUGGUCCAGGCGCUGAGCGGACUGCACCUGCCGUCCGGCAAGCUGGAGGACAGCAGGAAGCUCAAGCGCUCCUUCUCUCUGGACAUCAAGUCCGUCUCGUACUCGGCCAGCGUGGCCGCAUCCUUGCACGGUUUCCCCUCGUCAGAGGAUGCUCUGGAAUACUACAAACCCUCCGCGGCUCUGGAUGGGACCGGCAAGCUCUGCCAGUUCUCUCCGGUCGAGGAGGUGUCGGAGCAGACUCCAGAAACCAGCCCCGACAAGGAGGAAGCCAACUUCCCCAAGAAGCCUCAGCCCGCCAGGCCCGCAGAGAGCCAGGGCAAGCGGCUGCAUUCGGUGCGAGCGACGGGCGGUGGCGCCGCCCAGCGGUCCCUCUUCUCCCCGCUGCACCGAAGCGGGAGCGUGGAGGACAACUGCCACACCAGCUUCCUCUUGGGCCUGUCCGCCAGCCAGCAGCACCUCGCCAAGUCUGCCGCCGGGCUGGGCCUCAAGGGCUGGCACUCAGAUAUCUUGGCUCCCCAGACCUCCGCCCCUUCCCUGGCCAACAGCUGGUAUUUUGCCACGGAGCCCUCGCGCUUCUACUCAGCCUCCGCCGUGUACGGGGGCAGCGCCGGCUACUCGGCCUACAGCUGCAGCCAGCUGCCCACCGGCAGCGACCAAGCGAACUCCGUGCGCAGGCGGCACAAGCCAGGCGACAGGCCCGACUCGCGGCGGAGCUGGCACGAAGAGAGCCCCUUUGAAAAGCAGUUUAAACGCAGAAGCUGCCAGAUGGAGUUUGGCGAGAGCAUCAUGUCCGAGAACAGGUCGCGGGAAGAGCUGGGGAAGGUGGGCAGCCAGUCUAGCUUUUCAGGCAGCAUGGAGAUCAUUGAGGUCUCCUGAGGAGACAGACACUCGUGACUUCUGUUGACAAUGUUUGUCUUGUUCACAAAAAAAUAUUCCCUGUAAAUCUGAAGUAUAUAUAUGUACAUACAUAUAUAUUUUUGGAAAACGGAGCUAUGGUGUAAAAGCAAAAGAUGGAUCAACACAGGUGUCUCUCCACACCUGCACUUGAGAGAUCAGCUGACACAUCUCUCAACGAAAGUGGAAGGGCAAAUGCUAGAUUUCCUCCUAGACAGAUGAGAAACUUUGCAGCGAAUUGCACAUCCUCUCGUUCUUCCUAAAUCCGGUUGUAUUUGGUGUUGGAGGACAGAAUCCCCUACCAUUUAAUUUUCGUGUCGUGCCACAGGAGAUCUCAAGCACUAGUCUCUGUCCCGUCCCUUCCGUAGUGUACCUUAGCGCUGAGACUGAGCCAGCUCGUGGGUCGGGCGGGUAGACCCCAUUAGGGACAGAACCUCAUGGUAAACGCAAGAGAAACGAUCGCAUCCAAAGCGGAUUCACGCGUCCACGCUCACCCGGCAGCCGAUGCGCGCAUCACUCUGCCGGACAGACCGUUAGGGGCCUUGCCGUGGUCUCCUUCGGAGCACACCCAGUACCUCAGACUGCAAGUCGGGGCUCUCACCACUACCAAGUCUGGUAGCCUGUGUCCUAGGCCUUGUGGGUAGGUAGGUAGCUAGGCACACUUUGCAGACCAGUUCAGACUAUCUCUGCACAAAUUUCCAGUAGGGCCUGGUUGGAGGUGGUACCUUGUUUUCUUCUUCUCAGCUUUAUGAAGAGAAGGGAAACCAUCUAGGAUUCCACUUAACGGCCAGGGAUCUGGCAGCAUAAUGACUGAAGCUAAGGUCGGGAGGCUAAACAAGUCUACCUCCCUCCCUGUAAAUCCGAGAAUUGUUCAGAACGGUGUUGUUACCUUGGUUUCAGCCAGAUGGGGAUGUACUUGGGUGGGUAGCAGAGCAGCAGAACUUUCGAGUUCUCAGCCAGAGUACAGUUUUUUCCAUUUCGGUCUCACUGCACAUAUAAGUUUUGUAAAAAUCUAACCGGUAGGAUGUUAUAGGAAACUACCAAGAGGGAGAAACUAUGGAAAUAUUAAAGAACUAACGUUGCUGAGGAGAAGCAGGAAACUCAAUUUUUUCUCGAUGGUUUUCUCCUCAGCACGUGACGAGGGUGGUAGUUCUGUGAUUCCCUUUCUGAUUUACUAAUAGGGCUGAGAGGCUGGUGACGUAAGGAGUGUUCAGAAUAACACAGUAUGGGAAGGUGAGGGGAAGGUGGUUGGAUUUGAUUCGUUGUGAGCAGAGUGGAAAGCUACAGCCAAGCUAUUCUCAGAAACUAUCCCCAGUAUUCUUUCAGUAGAAGGGACACAUCAAAAUGGAGCAGGACCAACGUGGUCUCUCAGCCUUUGACCUACAAUCACUGUAUGGAAUCAAUCCUGGCAGCUGAAAAUAGGUGAUUGGAACAAGGAUACAAGUGUUAGUACAUACCUGCUUUUAAACUCCCUGGCUUGAGUCUUGUCAACUAUAGUAUGGCCCUCUUUUGAAGCCUUAAUUCACGUCAGCAGCUUUUGUGUGUGUGUUGGGGGGGGGGGGGUUGUCCUUUACUGUAAGUGUAGCUAGUUGCUGACUCAUAUCUCAGGUUUUUCUGUGUUCGAGAAAUGGAUAGUCCUUUGACUAGUAUGUGACUUUGUGUUUCCUGUGAUGACUGCUGAAACCAGCACAGAAUGAAUGGCGUGACUCAAAGCUGACUUGUUCAUGAUGAUGCUGAGCUUCGCGUAACCUAACUGGUUGUGCGCAAAUAACGCGCUGUGAUCUGGGUGUAGAAAGAAGGCAGGAAGAGAGGACACCGCACAGGGAAGUCACUGUCAUUACAUUGAAAAAGUUCUGUUCAAUGAUCGGAGUUUUUCCACAUACAUUUAAAUUUGGGAUGUAACCAGACAUUCUCCAGGUUUCACAGAGUAAUUUUUGACGUGUUACGUAUACACACACCCUUCUUCCAGGGUCUGGUCACAACCAUGGAACAUUUCUGAGAAAUGAAAGGAAGAGCUCCAAUCUUAGGUAUGUCCCGGGAGGGUUGGGGGGGCUUGGUUUUAACACCUCUCUGGGCAGAAAUUUGCCUUCCGUCAUUUGGGAUUUCUCUUGGCCACGGUUCCCUUCCUUCCUAUGACUGAUGAUGUAGUCAGACACUAAAACCUUUAGUCCUUGAUUGCGAAUGUCAAAUAAUCAGUUCUUGGGAUCCAGACUGCCAUGCCUCAGGGGCAAGCCCUGGAGCUGCUUGGGGGCGGGGGUGGCUGGCUCUUUCGAGUCCGUGAUCUUGGGGAAGCCCCGGAGGCUACCGGGGUCAUACUGAAUGGUGAUUUCUAAAGAGCAAAACUAGACUUCUGUGUGAGAAAUGCUGGACAAUGGCUUAGAACAUUUGUCACGUUAGGUGGAAAGACUGUAUA